AUGAGAAGAGAAUUCUCAGCAGCCAUGGAGGGGUUACAGCUGCGGCAAGCAUCCAGCAGUCGAGGCCUCCUCAAGCUCUCUGUUAUGGAAGUGAAGUGGAUUCAUGUGUUGGUCAUCUUCUUCUUCCUGCUGUCUGUUGCUAUGACAGGCUGCUUUCUGUGGCAGUACAGCCUCCCCAAGGUGGAACCCAACCCAUCUGUGAUGGAAGUAAGAUCAGAAUCUGUGCAGAUGUGCCCACGCUACCCUGAACCAGUACCACUGGACCACCCAAUCCCCAUUUUGAAGGAAGCAUUGGAGAAGGUAGACUUGAUGCUACGCCAAAAGAUUCAUAACUCUGGUCUACCUGCCAUGUCUGCCAUCGUUAUCUACAAUGACACUGUGCUCUGGACAGGCAACUUUGGGAAGAAGAAUGCUUCAGAUCCCUUCUCAGUGGUGCCCAAUGAGUACACUAUUUACAGAAUCGCCAGUGUCUCCAAGAUCUUUCCAACCCUUAUGCUGUACAAGAUGUGGGAGGAAGGGAAAGUCACAUCUCUGGAUGACUCUUUGGAACGUUACGCCCAGAACUUUGCUAUUAAAAACCCUUUGGGAAGGUUCAGGGAAUCAGAACAGAGAUACACAGCAGAUGGGCUGGUCUUUGUGGAAAAAGGUUCGAUGCCACUUAAACCAUCGCCUGUUACCUUGCGCAGAAUGGCCAGCCAGCUCUCAGGUCUCCCCAGGAGGCUGCGAUCUACCAGCCUGCUGUGGAAGGGCAACACACAAGAAGCUCUGGCUCUCCUGAAGGAUGAUGUCUUGGUGGCUGAUCCUGGAACCAGAUGCCACUACAGCAAUUUGGCCUUCUCUCUGAUGGCACACGUGCUAGCUGACCACGCAGCUGACGGACAAUACCAGCGAUGGAUCUCGGAGAACAUCCUGGACCGCUUGGGCAUGGAGGACACUGGCUUUGACAUCACACCGCCCAUCCGCUCCCAGAUGGCGGUGGGUUUCUACAGCAGCCAGCAGCCAGCCCCUCUCUACGACCUCGGCUGGUACAGACCUUCUGGACAGAUGUACUCUACAGCUGCUGACCUUGCCAAGCUGGCAAUGGUGUUUUUAGGCACCUAUCACCGUCGUCUCCUAGAGCCUGACACAGUGAAGACAAUGCUGACACCUCUGUUUAAAUGCUCCACUGAAUACUUUGCCAACAAGACCGGAACGCCCUGGGAGAUUAACGAGCAAUUGGGAUAUGAUGUCAUUAGGAAGGAUGGAGACCUUGAUGGCUACUCAGCUACUUUCUCACUGAUCCCCAAGCUCCGCCUGAGCUUCAUUGUACUGAUGGCUGGGCCCAGGCCUCAGGGUGGAGAUCUUGUGACCCAGACAUACGAGUAUCUCAUCACUGCCAUGGAGACUGCGUUCAGAGAGGCAGAGAAAACACUGACUCCUCCCCCAAGCCCAGUCCCUUUUGUUGGCUACUACACCUAUUCCAACCUGACUUUCUAUGAGAUCAAAGUUGGACGCGGUGGGGUGCUGGUCAUGCAGCAGUUUGGGCCUCAUGCUGAAGAGCUGAUCCCUGAGAAAUAUCGGACAAUCAAGCUCCAUCAUCUGGAAGAUCGCGUCUUCCAAGUUGUGUUUGACAAGGAGUUCCCGUGUGUUCUGCAUCUGGGCUCUGCCUCCAUCUCACUGGAGACCCAGAAUGGGCAGCUCUUUAAUUUUUAUCCAUUUGAUCGCAAGGGUUUGUCUCCUGGCUUUGAUGCACCAGGGCUGAACACAUACAACGUGGUGCGUGUGCUUCGUAAACCUGUAUUCUAUAGCUAA